UGCAGCCAUGGCAGCGCCUUGGCGGUGGCUCCAGGGCCUGCAGGUCACUUUGCGGCUGGUGCCCAUGCACCGGCCCCUGCACGACGCAACCCCGUCACGGGAUGUGCUGCUCUUCGAACACAAACGUGGCCGGUUCUUCACCGUCCUUGGGCUGUUCUGCGCGGGCCAGGGAGUCUUUUGGAUGUCCCUAGCCGUGGCAGCCUUGUCCCCACCCCAGGUUCCCGCCCAACUUCAGGACGCCCAGACCCCAAAACGGAGCUACUUUGACCUCCGCGCUACGCUCUGGCGGUAUGGGCUGGCUGUUGGCUGCGGUGCCAUUGGAACUCUCAUACUUGGUGCUGGUCUUCUCUUCUCUCUCCGAUCUGUGCGUUCAGUAAUGCUUCGAGCAGGUGGGCAGCAGGUGACCUUCACCACUCAUAGCCCCUUUCGCUUGGGAGCCCAUCUCACUGUCCCCUUGAACCAGGUAUCCUGCAUGGCACACCGAGGGGAAGUUCCUGCUAUGUUGCCUCUGAAGGUCAAAGGCCACCGCUUUUACUUCCUCUUGGACAAAGCUGGACACUUCCCCAACACUCAACUCUUUGACAACACUGUGGGUGCCUAUCGGAGCUUGUAAAAAACCACUGCUAAAACUUCAGGGAUGUGGCAACAACAGGGAUCACAAAAAUGGGCCCAAGAUCAUUAACAGCAAAUAAAGGUGACUUCCAAAGGGCGGCCUGAUCCAUACCUGUAUACGCUUUCAUUCCUUCUUCCUAUUUAUUUGCUUUAAUAUCAAG